AUGCGGAUGUGCCCCUUUGCUGACGUCACCGACCACAUUCUGCUGACGUCCGCAGGCGUCGCCUCGUGCGAGAGAGGCACGUGCACUACGUCCUGCAGCAACGCCAAUUUAGAGUAUGUCGCGGGGGGCCUUACGGCACGUGUAAGGUGCACGUGCAUGCCCCGCCCCACAAAGGCUCCGGGAGGCCGUGGGGACCCACGUUUUGAGGGACCUGAAGGAAUCAAUUAUUACUUCCACGGAGAACAGGUAACGGAAGACGGCCGCUUCAAGGGAACCAGGAUGGACUCCUUCUUUUUCAUCUACACUUCCGAAGACGGGCGGACCGAACACACCGUCCACGUGGCACUCGCUGAUAGGCCCGACGCGUCUCUCGCCAGCAACCUCACAAUCGCUUUCGAUUCGGAGCCAAUCCUUUCCCACGAGCUCGCGGGCUCUGGAGAUGACACGUGGCGCACAUCGGACGGCUCCUGCGUGCUGGAGCGUCUGAUGACGUCAGCCGCGAGGGACGGCGUGCGUGUCAACAUCUCGGGCGUAGUGGAGAUGGAAAUCAAGGCCGUGAAACACACUGGCAGCUUCCCUGACGGCCUCCAUCUCGACUUUGCGAUCAACAACCUGCGCAUGACGCCAUCAGUGCACGGAGUCCUGGGACAGAUGUUUCAGAGCGGCAAACCGCAGCAAUUCGAGGCCCUGGCAGGCCACGUGGGCAAAAACGGCAAAGGCAUCGUCGACGGUACGUACCCCGACUACCAGACAUCCGACCUGACUUCACCCGACUGCAAAUUUGCCCAGUACGUGCGUACCUUCGAAGCGCCCGGUACGGACCAACCGGGCUCGCGCGACGCGGCCGUGUCGCGCAAGAUGCUGAGCGCCGACGCGCAAACCCUGAGCGUCAGCGGCUUCGCGUGCCGCCACGCGGCGGACGGCGAGCUCGUGUGCGCGGGGGUCUGA